AUGACGGCAUUUGUGCGCGUCUCCGGACCGCCCAACAGCAAUUUCCUGGUGGGCUAUCCGGGCAUAUCUGCGACGCUGCCGCGCAUAGAGGGUAAAGUCGAGAUCCGCCCGUUAAUAGGCGUCUCCGCCCCGGUGGCCGUUUCCCUCGUCACAAUCGCCCUGCAGCGUCGAGAGACGAUUCACCCCUCCGCUGACUCGGUUACCAAGAAGCACCUUGCUGCGCCGCGCAAGGAAAUUACAGAUAUUGUCGGCAAGGAGAUGCUGCUCUACCGCUCCCCACUCGGCCGAGAAGCGGAGAACAUCCUUUCAAUGGACCUUCCCUUUGUAAUAUUUAUUCCAUACGGCCGUGGGGGCGAAGAGGUUGCGCGAAGGGUGCCGCCUGCAAGCCUACAGCUUCCCAGCCGCACGGCCGAGACGUUCUAUGAAUUAGUUGUUACGGUGCAACAAGGUGCAUCAGAACAGAAGAAAUAUGCUUUCCCGGUUCCGAUAUCCCGUUAUGAUACCCUUUCCACCUUCGGUAUGUACAACAGACCAGAGUCUGCCGAGCGCGUCUCAGACCACCUCGUCACGCUUGGCAUUUCUCUCCCUCGCUGGUCUUACGGACCUCUCGAUCCCGUCAGCGUCUACAUCAAACUUUCUCCCAAUCCGGACUGGAUGUCUAAGGCCAAAAAGGUCACGAUACAAAAGAUUACAGUCGGGAUAGACGAGGAGAUCAUAUACAACCAUGAGGGUGAUGAACCGAGUAGGAAGGUGAAGACAUUGGCAAAAACUACGCAGGCUGUUGGCGUCAAGAUGCCGGAAGCUGGCUAUUUUACGAACCUGGGCCUUGUCUUUCCAGCAAAAGAUUUGAGGGAUAGCGAUGGGAUCCUUCCUAGAGGAAAUCAGAAGUUCCCUUCGUACGCAGUCAGCGGGUUCACGACGACUGCAUCGCUCUACAAGAUCGAAUACUAUUUAACGGUGAAGGCACAAAUGUCAGCGGCAAAGGAUAUUCUUCUCAGACAACCGAUUGUUGUCUGCCCCUUUGACCAUGCAGGUUGUAAAGAAGAGAUGGAAGCUAUUGAGCAUGCGGCUAGAGAGGCGGCGAGGGUUAGCCCGGAAAACCCGAUGCUUCCAGCAGCCCACAUCGUCAAGGCUAGCGAACCAAAUGGGCUGGCAGCUCUGGGAAUGGCCAUGGUGGGAGGUGUUCGGAAGCCACUGAUCGAUUGA